AUGCGAGGUGAAAAAGAGUUAAAAAAUGGAGUUUAUCUUUAUCCAAUACGUGUCGGAUGGCAGACUGUUCUAGAAAUAAGCAAUAAAAACUUUUAUACUCAGGUUUUAGAAGGCAAUGAAAAACAUGAACAUCAACCUGGUUAUCGACGCAUAUGUCAAAAUAGUCAUACAAAUUUUUCUGGCCUACAAGUUUUAGGUUGGGAUGAUCCUUUUAUAUUAGAGCAAUCACUGGCUGGUAUCGAAUUUCGUCCAUUUCUGAUAAGGGUUGACAAAUAUAAUAUAUAUAUAACUGCUUUGGGAUGUCCUAAUGAAGCUGAUGAAAUCGGGGCUGAAAUUGGUUAUACUGCAAUGUUUACUGGUGACCAUUUGAACAAACGUGUAAUAUAUAUUCAACAUAUUGAUUUAGAUGGAUGUCAUAUUGAAAUUUAUCAAGAUGGC